AUGGCCGACCCUGUGUCGUGGUUGGCGAUGUUUGGAGUGAAGCACUUGGCUUGUAAGGCCAUGGAAGCAGCCAAGAACAACAAGGAGGCCGUGAGAAUCCAGCAACAGCUCGAUGCCGGAUCUGGUGAUCAAUACCGUAUGUUGCUGGCCUUCUUGGAGAACUAUUCCAAGAUUGACCGAGACACCAUCAUUCAGAAGAGCAUGAGCAAGGAAGCCUCCGACAGGGUCUUGGGGUUGUACCUCCUGAGCUUUAUGACCUACGCCAAGAAUGUGGCCAUUGCUUAUGCCAAGAAACCCGAGAAAGUCAUGAAGAGCCUGGCGAAGCAGGUGCCCAAGAAUGUGUACUUGCAGGCCGAGGAGGGGCACAAUCCCAUGAAAUAUCUCAUGGCUUUCACAUUUGUCCACUCCAAAAACCAUGAGAAGUUGAUGAGGAGCAUCCUGCAACAGGCCGAGGGCGGUUCUGAAAGCCCACAACGUGGCAAGAUGGUGGAUGAUCUCGUGGAAGACUUCAAGGGCGAGAUCAAGGACCACUUGAAGGACGAAGUCCUCUCAGUGGUGGAAGAGAUCUUGGUGGAGAGCAUCGGUGAGUCCUUCGGCCUCACGGCUUUGCUCCAGGUGGCUUUUGAGAUCCUCUGA